UCCGCUCGCCGCCUCGAACUCUUUAGGGCUUCCCUUGGACAUCCGCUCGCCGCCGCCAGUUCUUGAGCUACUGACACACCGCAAUCGAACUCCCGAGCUAGCGGAGGCGCACGACUGGAAACGGCCGGCGUCCUCCUUUUUCUGGUCUUCUAAGAAGUUUAAGUUUUGACAGUGAUGAUCCCAUAUUACAUUAAGUGACCAGGGACAACAAUCUAGGGAAGGUUGAUUUGUUGUUGCUUUGGGGAGGUGGUUGUGCUCUUUUGGUUCUGGGGAUAGUUAGGUAUAGUUAACCUGUUUUUUCUCUCCUCACGUUGAUGUUCCUCUUAAGGUCCCUCAUUCGUAGUUCUGUGUAGCUUAUAUGCCCCGAUUAUUAGUUCUUGAUUAAUCGUGGUUAGAGGAUUUUUUGGUUUAGCUUAUAUUGCUCCCGUUUGAAUUAUUAGUUUUUUAAUCUUAGUUAAAGGAUGUUCAUGCACUACCCUUUGGAACUAAAACUAGCCCAGUCCAUUUGGUACUUUGUAUAUAUUUUUGCUUUAAGAUAUGUUUUGUAUAAGUUUUAUAGAUAUAGGCAUUUAUCCAUCAAUUUUUGCUAUAAGGCAUAAUGGUCCUCUCUCUGUCUUUGUGUUGUAGUACUAAUUAGACUCAUUUUGUAUUUACACUAUACUUCAUGGUAGUAUUAUAGCCCUUUGUGCUGGAGGCUUUGCUGUAAAUUUGCUCCUAGUUUUUUGUUUUUGUUGUAGACUAUGAUUAUUAGCAAGGGAUACUAUCUAUCUUUAAGCUAUCAAGAAUGAUGCUUUUAGUUAUUUUUUCUAGUUUAUACUAUUAAGAAUUAUCUUGUUCAGUGCUUUCUUUGUUUCAUGUCUUGGGAUGUAUAUGACUUAACUAUGACUAUUUUCUUCUAAAUUUUGUUCUUCAAGUUUCUUCCGUUUGACUAUGAUUACUAGUUUUCUUGUAAUUUUCUCCUACUAAUAUUUAAGUCCUAGUAUUUUAAGUUAUUUUAGUCCCUCCUAUUAUAGUUAUUUAGUCCUAGUAUUUUAGUUAUUUUACUCGUAGUAUUUUAGUUGUGACUUCAAGGCUCCUGCUAAUGAAGUUUUUAUUUCUUCUUCCAACUAUGGUUAUAUGUUCCAAGUAACAUAGCAAUUAGUUCUCCAUCCAUUUAUUUGGUUCUUACAUACCUUACUUUGGGGGGUUAAUUUGUUUUUUUUCUAUCUUGGAUGUUUGCUGGGGGGACUUGCCCAAGAAAGGUGAUAUGGAUGAAUCAAUUGAUGUAAAUGAUGCUCUCACACAUGCUUCCAACCCAGAUAACAACAUAAGGUCAAUAGGAGAAGACAUGCUAAAGCGGCUCCAAAAUCGUGAUCUUCCCAACUUUCUGCUAUAUUUAUCAUCUGAGCUCGUGAGGGAGGGGAUUCCAGAAGAGUCUAGGGUACUUGCUGCCAUCACCCUUAAGAACUCCUUGGACUCGAAGGAUCCUGCACUCAAGGAUGCACACAAGGAUCUAAUUUGUCUAAAAUGGCUCAGCGUGGAUAAAUCUAUCCGAUUAGAGAUUAAGAAUAACUUGCUCAUGACACUAGAAAUUGAUUCAAGGCCAUCUCAUUCAAGGCACCCCUCGUCAAAAGUUAUUGCAGAAGUUAUUGCGAGGGUUGCAUGCAUGGAGAUACCCCGGAAUCAGUGGCUGGACCUUGUUGGUAAAUUAAUGGACAACAUGGCAAGUUUAUCUUCUUCCCUAAAGCAAGCAACUCUAGAGGUGCUCCAGUAUAUCUUCAAGGCAAAGAUCCCUAACGUUGUCAAGCGGGAUCAAGUGGAUGAUGUUAUUGCUAGUGUCAUCAGUGCACUGAACGACGAGGUGCUAGGUUCUCAAGUCCAUCUGGCAGCCCUUAAAGCUUUACACAACAUUUUUGAGUUUACUAAGUUUGAAGGCCAUGAUUGGAGAGGUGCUAUAGAGGCAGUUUUUGCUGUGGCUUAUAGAACAUCUGGAACAGAGAUCCCAGAGGCAGCAUUUGAGUGCCUCGUUGCAAUUGCAUCCACUUGUCAUACCAAAUUCGAACCCGACGUAGAAGUGCUGAUGCGUAUUACAAUGCAAGCUUUGAAUGGAGAUGUGGAAUCACUUAAAGUCCAAUGUAUCAAGUUGUGGAUCACUAUUUGCGAAAAAGAGAUUGAUUGGCUAGAAGAAGAAGAAGAAGAAGAAGAAGAAGAAGAAGAAGAAGAAGAAGAAGAAGAAAAAGAAGAUAAAGAUGAAUCUUACUUUACUGGUCUUCUCUAUUCAUUGGUCCCACUUCUCCUACAAACUUACUUAAAUGAAGAAGAGAGGGAUUUAGAACAAAUGGACAUUUGGAAACAGGGAGAUGAAGAUGAGGGAGAUGGAAACAUUUCUCUGACCGGGGAACAAGAAGAAGAGGGAGAUGAAAAUGUGGAACAAAAGGGAGUAAACCUUGAAGACAAUUGGGAACAAGAGGAAGAUGAGACUUUACAAGUCAUUUCCAUGACAUGCCUAGGCCUUGCAGCUAGAAUUCUGAAGGGUGGAGUUGUCCCCACUGUGAUGCAUUUUGUUGAGGAGAACAUGAAUGGGCCACAUAAGAUAGCUGCAUUGUCUCCAUUAGGUUUUAUCCUCGAAGGUCCCUCAGUCAAGCAGCUUGCUCCUCUAGUUGAUUUAUUGCUUGCCUUGAUGGAAUAUCAGGCGGAAGGUGUAAGAGGCAGGGCUGCAUGGACUCUUGGGCGGCUGUUUGAGCUUGUGGAUGCACAUAGAAUCAUGAGAAAUGAGGUGGUGUCCCUGGAUAGGAUCAUGGAGCUCUUGAUAGAGAGGAGCUGUGAUGUCCCUCAAGUGUCCAUUGAAGUGCAUGGAGCUCUAUAUUUUCUUGCACGAGGUUAUGGAGAAGAUGCAAAGUCAGGGUCAAAGUCAAAUUCAUGUGAGCUUUCACCUUUUGUUAAGCCUCUUAUUGAUGCUCUCAUGCGUGCUUCCGAUCUGGCUAGGGAGACCCCUUUUAGUUUCCUAGCAUCUCCUUAUAAAGCAUUGAGUGAGAUUGUGGAAGUUAGUGACACCCGGGACUUACAAGUUUGGGAGGCUCUUAUGGGCUUGAUGUCUCAUAUCAUGAGGAGAUUCAACAUUGUGCUUCAUGGUCAUGGUGCAAUUUCAUCUCUUCAGAGGAAGAACCAACUUGAGGUCUUGUUGUGUGGUCUAGUUGAAGUCUUAAUCCACAAGCUUGGAGAUACACUUGAGGGGUCUGCUAAAUGUUUGUUGCUGUUAUUGUGCCCUCUCUUAACCCGUGAGAGUACAAGUGCACGUAAUGGAGCAGCCCUUGCCAUUGGUGCUCUUGCUCAUGCCAUUGGUGCUGAUUUUGGACAACACAUGCCUAUGGUGCUACAAUAUUUCAGUGUGAAGCGACUCUCUCCACUUUAUUUAGAAGUUAUAUGUGAUAUAUGCCAUGUCUUGGGAAAAGAGGGAAAAGAGGAAGAAGUUGUGCCGUGCUUUGAUCAUAUUAUGGAAGUUCUGUAUCAAGGUAUGGUAGAAUUGACACUUCAACCUCUAAUUCUAUCAAGCAUUGGACAGAUUGCUCUUUCUCUUGGUGAGAAGUUUGAGAAGUACCUGCCUCCAGUUAUGGAAAAGCUUUUAGUUAUGGAAAAGGCUGUUCAACUCGAUCAGGAUCCUCAUGAGGAUCAUAGUAACAAGGUUAGAGAGGCAAUAUGUAAGGCCUACCAUGGCAUAAUAAGGGGAAUAAGUGAUGCAAAGUCUGGAUUCAAGGUAGGAAUGGCUCUACUUGAAUUCAGUGAACAGGAGAGAAAGAGAAGGGAGAGAAGGACCGUGACAGCAAGGGACGAAAGGAUCAUGACAGCACUAGUUGAUGCCUUGUCUCAGCUUCCUCCUAGAGUGGGCGUUUGGUCAGAGGCGUUUAUUCUAUCGGUGCAGCAAGCAAAUAUUUAUUAGGAGAGGAAAGGAAGCUGUGCUUUAUUUUGGUCCAGACAACUAAAGUGUGUCGGUUGACUGCUUUAUUAUUUUGAAUGAACUGAAGUGUGUGGGCUGUGGGUUGUCUGUUGUAAACUUCAUUUAUCCUAUAAUUAAUUAGAGUUAAGAUUAACACAGUACGUUCACUGCUAGCUUAGAUCAUCUGGUGUAGCCUCCUGUGGCAUUAGCCCAUGAUGAAGUGGUUCUUGCAUGCGACUUACAGCAUGUGAUUAUUGGAUCUUCAGUUUAUGGACACUGAGGAUACAUGUGCAACUGUAUGAUGUUUAAAAUAUUGUCACAUAUGUUUGCCAGAA